AUGGAAGAGAUCCUUCAGGAUGAGGUCGAUGUAAUUGUUAAUGAGUUUACCAGACAAAAUGAGAAGCCGUUUAAUCCUUAUAAAACCGUAAUGGAGGCAACAGGAAGCUUUAUAUACCAAUUUUGCUAUGGUAAAGGUGAAAAUGUGAGAAAUGAUGAGGAUUUCCUACAAUAUAUAAAAAAUUUCAGCAGUUUGGAAGAAAUCACGAAGACGGGAAACCCCACAGAUCUUCUACCGUGGAUGAGAUUUCUUUUUCGGGGAAAACUCCAAAAGUUUUACAAACUUAUCAGUGAAGCAAGAAAAUAUCGUACAAAGAAAAUUAAAAAACUAUUGGAAACAUUUGAUCCGAAAGACAUGCGUCAUGCCGUAGAUUUGUUAAUGUCAAAGAUAAUAAGGUACAAAUUAGGUGAUGAGCCAAAUGAGAUUGGAUUAACGAAAAAUGAUGUGUUAGGCGUCAUUGGUGAUUACUCGGGCGCAGGAUUUGAUCCGUCAGCGAAAGCCUUCCUUUGGCUACUCCUUUAUGUGGCGGAAUACCCAGAUGUUCAGAGAAAGAUUCAGGAAGAAAUAGAAGAGAAAAUAGGAAAUCGAAGAGUUACAGCGAGCGACCGUGAGCAGAUGCCAUGGACGGAGGCAACGAUUUUGGAAUCGAUGCGUCUUGCAGGAGUCUCUCCAUUAGGUCUUCCUCACUGUGCAACAGAGGACGUCUUUGUAAACGGCUACAUGAUUAAGAAAGGUACUGUUGUUAUAUUUAAUUAUUACUCCGUUGGUCAUGACGAACAGUGGGAGGAUACGUUUGAAUUCAACCCAGGACGAUUUCUGAACUCGGAGGGAAAGUUGAAUAAAAGCAAAAUUGAGAGUGUGUUGUCCUUCAGUGCUGGACGACGAAGGUGUCCUGGCGCUGUUUUAGCUCGUAACGAACUCUUUCUGUUACUUGCCUCUGUUCUUCAAAAAUGUCAAAUUAGAAAACCGCAACAAGAGGAAUACGACUUAGAAGGAAUAUUUAGUACCACUUACUACCCUAAGCCGUACAAUAUCUGUGUGCUUUCCAGAGAAUUCUAA